GUUGUGAAUCCACACUUGUUGAAAGAUCUCACAGAGAGAGGCCUGUGGAAUGAGGAGAUGAAAAACCAAAUCAUUGCCCACAACGGCUCUAUCCAGAACAUACCUGAGAUUCCUGAUGACUUGAAGCAGCUUUACAAGACAGUGUGGGAGAUCUCCCAGAAAACUGUCCUCAAGAUGGCAGCAGACAGAGGAGCUUUCAUCGAUCAGAGCCAGUCUCUCAACAUCCACAUCGCGGAACCCAACUAUGGCAAACUCACCAGCAUGCACUUCUAUGGGUGGAAGCAGGGUCUGAAGACUGGCAUGUACUAUCUCCGGACAAAACCAGCUGCUAACCCCAUCCAGUUCACCCUGAACAAGGAGAAACUCAGAGAGCGGGAGAAGGCCUCCAAGGAAGAGGAAGAGAAGGAGAGGAAUAAAGCAGCCAUGGUCUGCUCCUUGGAGAACCGGGAUGAGUGUCUGAUGUGUGGCUCCUAAGGGAUUUGCCCUGCAGUGCCAGCAAAGCCAUUCCACCUGGCUGGAGUCCUUCUGAGAUGGAAGCAUCUGGUGUAACUCCAGGAUGUGGAGGCUUGCUGGAGCUGUGGCAGGAGGGGUGGUGACAGUAGGGUAUUUGUAGCUUCCCCACCCAGCUGCAGGGGGUGCACAGGGAUGGGUAGGGUGCGUAAGGAGUUUGUAUGUUGCUUUAGUAGCUGGGCUUCC